ACGGGUAUACCUACCAAAGUCAAAGAUACACCGUUUUCUCUCGCGAUCGCUUUACGUCUCUCUCUCUGACAUUGUCUUUGGUAUGCAUGACUUAGUCUAGAUCUACUACUAUUUGAACAUCAACGAAAUCCCCAGACGAAAUUAUGGUUCAGCUUUACGUAAAAUCCAAUUCAAUGCCCCAGUCUUCAUGGUCUAAACCUUCUGCACCUGGUGCUACUCCAGAGUGGAUGUUGAUAGAGCUACAAGGAGCUAUAGAAUCCCCGGAUGAUGAACAGCUUGCUGGGAGAUUUAUAGGAGAUUUACAUUUCAAUCUGAAGGGGGUGCCAGUCCUUAUCAUUGGUCAUCACAUUCUGUAUGGAAAGGUUGCUAACCUUGAGAAACCAUUCAUUGUUUUGAUGAAAAAUGAGAGUGCAACCAAAACUUAUGAUGAAGAUGAUGCUUCACAUGCCAUGGAUGUAGAUUCCAGUCACGAUGCUGAAUCAUCCCUACAGGACGAUACACACUACUAUGUCAAUGCAGUGAUCAAGAAGAAAAUGAUUUUCAAAACAAGACCAAAACCAAUCAUUACUAGUGUGCCCAAAAAAGUAUGACAUUGAGACUGAUUGACAGACAGUUGCAACUUCCAAGAAUCGUCUAUGGCACAUAUCCUAAUACACUUUGCAGCAAUAUUUCAGUAUCAUAGAUCUUACACGUUGGAUGGUGUGGGCCUGUCAUCACAAGGCUUGUCUUUGUUUCCAUUGGAAUUUGUCUUGAUUUGGCAGAUUGGAAUCUAUUUAGAAAGUUGGAUAUGCAAGUAUUUGUUGGCUAGGGAACAGAUGUACAAAGUCAGUGUGAAUUAGAAAAUUUAGUAGUUUCUUAAGUAGUCAGUGGGUUAGUUCCCAUCACAAUGCUCAUUUCAACUACAGUGUUAGUAUUAAAGAUAUUUGUGUGGCAAUCCUCAUGUUAGCUGGACUAAUAUAUAUCUAUCUAAUUCAGAAAAUGAUUAGAAUCACUCCUGGAUGUUUAUUUUCUAAAGACAAAUUCACACUGACUUUGUGGGUGCGUUGUGGUCUAGUGGUUCUGACUCUCAUCUUUAAAACAGAGGGUCAUGGGUUCGAAUCGUAGCCAUGGCAAGAAAUUUAUCCACACUGUGCAGCACUUGACCCAGGUGAGGUGAAUUGGUACCCAGCAGGGUAAUAAUCGCAGCGCAUGGAAUCCUCUGGCAAAAAGUGCUCUAUAAAUCCAGCUAUUACUAUUAUUAUCAUUAAAGACGAAUGAGACCUUUGGAACA